UAGCGCGAGAGGUUUCCCUGAAGUUUUGAAUUUUCAAAUUCGUAGUUACUUAGCGGCUAUACGUUUUAGUUCAGCCAGGCAGCAGUUAUUAUUAGGCGAUAUCUGGGAGUUAGUUAGCUAGCGUUAGUAAUAACUGUAGUGUGGAAGUUAUUCAAAGCACCAGGGUUUGGUAAUAAAAAAGGAAGAAUGGCUGAACCACUGAAGCAGACCUCCUUUGAAAACAAGCUGGUGCAAAAGACGAAGAAAGAUCCGAAGCGGCUGUCGGUGGAGAGAAUCUAUCAGAAGAAAACACAGCUGGAGCACAUUUUGCUUCGACCGGACUCCUACAUAGGCUCCGUAGAGCCUGUCACCCAACAAAUGUGGGUGUAUGAUGAGGAUGUUGGACUGAACUGCCGUGAUGUAACGUUUGUGCCUGGGCUUUACAAGAUUUUUGAUGAGAUCCUUGUAAAUGCAGCUGACAACAAGCAGAGGGAUAAGAGCAUGUCCUGCAUCAAAGUCAACAUUGAUGUUGAGAACAAUAUCAUCAGUGUAUGGAAUAAUGGGAAGGGUAUUCCAGUGGUGGAACACAAGGUGGAGAAGGUCUAUGUGCCUGCUCUCAUCUUCGGGCAGCUCCUCACCUCCAGUAACUACGAUGAUGACCAGAAGAAAGUCACUGGUGGACGCAAUGGAUAUGGUGCUAAACUUUGUAACAUCUUUAGCACAAAGUUUACAGUAGAGACUGCCUGUAAAGACUCAAAGAAAACAUUCAAGCAGACUUGGUAUGACAAUAUGGGCAGGGCAGGAGAUAGUAGCAUCAAACCAUUUGACGGAGAGGAAUAUACUUGCAUCACCUUUAGGCCAGACCUGGCCAAGUUUAAAAUGAGCAUCCUGGACAAAGACACAGUGGCUCUCAUGACCAGGAGGGCCUACGACGUUGCUGGAUCAUCCAAAGGUGUCCGUGUGUUCUUCAAUGGCAAGAGGCUGCCAGUUACAGGUUUCCGUAGCUAUGUGGACAUGUAUGUGAAGGACAAAGUGGACGAGACUGGCAAUACUCUCACCGUGGUCCAUGAGGUUGUCAAUGAACGUUGGGAAGUCUGCCUCACCAUGAGUGAGAAAGGUUUCCAGCAAGUCAGCUUUGUCAACAGUAUUGCUACGACCAAGGGAGGAAGGCACAUCGACUAUGUGGCUGACCAGGUGGUGAGCAAGCUCAUUGAAGUGGUGAAGAAGAAGAAUAAAGCUGGGGUGGCCGUCAAACCUUUCCAGGUGAAGAACCACAUGUGGCUGUUUGUCAACUGCCUGAUUGAGAAUCCUACCUUUGAUUCUCAAACCAAAGAGAACAUGACACUGCAGCAGAAGACCUUUGGUUCCACUUGUGCUCUCAGUGAUAAGUUCAUUAAACAGGCUACAUCCUCAGGGAUUGUGGAAAGUGUCAUGAACUGGGUGAGGUUCAAGGCUCAGUCCCAGCUCAACAAGAAAUGUUCAGCAGUUAAACACACAAAAAUCAAGGGGGUGCCAAAACUGGAUGAUGCCAAUGAUGCCGGUGGGAAGAACUCCAUCGGCUGUACACUGAUCCUUACUGAGGGAGACUCAGCCAAGACGCUUGCUGUGUCUGGGCUGGGAGUGGUUGGCAGGGACCGCUAUGGCGUCUUCCCUCUCAGAGGAAAAAUGCUCAAUGUGCGGGAGGCCUCAAUCAAACAGAUUAUGGAGAACGCUGAAAUCAACAACAUCAUUAAGAUCCUUGGCCUUCAGUACAAGAAGAACUACAGCGACCCAGAAUCCCUCAAGAGUCUGCGUUACGGCAAGAUCAUGAUCAUGACAGAUCAGGAUCAAGAUGGCUCCCACAUUAAGGGCCUGCUGAUCAAUUUUAUCCAUCAUAACUGGCCGUCGUUGCUGCGCCACAACUUCCUGGAAGAGUUCAUCACCCCAAUCAUUAAGGCAUCUUACAAGAAGACUCAGCUGUCUUUCUACAGCAUCCCUGAGUUCAAUGCAUGGAAAGAAAGCCAGCCCAACUACAAAUCUUGGAAAAUCAAAUACUACAAAGGUUUGGGAACCAGCACAUCUCAGGAAGCCAAGGAGUACUUCUCUGACAUGCAGAGACACCGUAUCCCGUUCAAGUACUCCGGGCCCGAAGACGAUGAAGCUAUCACCCUUGCCUUUAGCAAGAAGAAAGUGGAAGAGCGAAAAGAGUGGCUGACCAACUUCAUGGUCAACAGGCGCCAACGCAGAGAGCACAACCUCCCUGAGGAUUACCUGUACGGUCAGUCCACCAAGUUCCUCUCCUACAACGACUUUGUCAACAAGGAGCUGGUGCUUUUCUCCAACUCUGACAAUGAGAGGUCAAUCCCCUGCCUGGUGGAUGGUCUGAAACCAGGCCAGAGGAAGGUGCUGUUCUGUUGCUUCAAACGGAAUGACAAGCGGGAGGUGAAGGUGGCCCAGUUGGCUGGCUCGGUGGCUGAGAUGUCAGCCUACCACCAUGGAGAGGCCUCUCUCAUGAUGACUAUUGUUGGUUUGGCCCAAAACUUUGUGGGAAGCAACAACUUGAACCUGCUGCAGCCUCUUGGCCAGUUUGGAACCAGGCUGCAUGGUGGCAAAGACUCUGCCAGCCCUCGAUACAUCUUCACCAUGCUCAGCUCUCUUGCCCGCCUUGUUUUCCCACCUGUGGAUGACAACCUGCUCAAGUACAACUACGAUGACAACCAGCGUGUAGAGCCCGAGUGGUACAUGCCCAUCAUCCCCACUGUGCUGGUGAAUGGUGCCGAAGGUAUCGGCACAGGUUGGGCCAGCAAGAUCCCCAACUAUGACAUCCGAGAGAUCAUCAGCAACAUCCACCGCAUGCUCAAUGGUGACGAGCCUCUGCCCAUGCUCCCAAGCUACAAAGGCUUCAGAGGCACAAUUGAGCAGGUGAUGGACAACCAGUUCAUGAACAGUGGAGAGGUGGCCAUCAUUGAUUCCACCACCAUUGAGAUCUCUGAAUUGCCAGUCAAAUCCUGGACACAGACCUACAAGGAGAACGUGCUGGAACCAAUGCUGAACGGUACAGAGAAGGUCCCUGCUCUGAUCACAGACUUCAAGGAAUACCAUACCGAUACCACCGUGCGCUUUGUGGUCAAGAUGGCAGAAGAGAAGCUGCGGGAGGCAGAGGCUGCCGGCCUCCACAAAGUCUUCAAACUCCAGAGCCCCCUCACCUGCAACUCCAUGGUUCUGUUUGACCAUGUGGGCAGUCUGAAGAAGUACGAGUCAGUGCAGGAUAUUCUCAAGGACUUCUUCGAGUUGAGGAUGAAGUACUAUGUGCUGAGAAAGGAUUGGCUGGCCGGCAUGCUGGGGGCAGAGAGCGCUAAACUCACCAACCAGGCACGCUUCAUCCUGGAGAAAAUCCAGGGCACCUUGGUCAUUGAGAACAAGCCAAAGAAGGAACUGAUUCGCAUGCUGCAGCAGAUGGGCUAUGACUCAGACCCAGUCAAGGCGUGGAAACUGGCUCAAGAGAAGAAUGAGGAGCAGAUGGAGGAGGAAGAGGAGGAAGAAGCUGAGAAAGAGGACACCAGUGGUCCAGACUACAACUAUCUGCUGAGCAUGCCCAUGUGGUUCUUGACCAAAGAGAAGAAAGAGGAGCUGUGCAAACAGAGAGAUGCUAAGAUGACAGAGUUGAACACCCUGAAGAGGAAGACUCCAGAAGACCUGUGGAAGGAAGACCUUGCUGCUUUCUCUGAGGAACUGGAGGUCUUUGAGACAAAAGAAAAGGAGAAUGCCAUGAUGCCAGUUAAAAAGGGGGCUGGAAAAGGCAAAGUGGUGAAGGUAAAGCAGGAGACUCUGCCCACGCCACAGGGUCGCCGCGUUAUCCCCCGUGUUACCAGCACCAUGAAGGCUGAAGCUAACAGGAAGGCUGAUAUUAAGAAAGGAGAAGGCAAGAGAGGCAGGAAAAUCAAGAGUGAAAAUGUAGUGAUGAAGAUGGAGUUUGGAGAAGAUGCAGAGAACGCAGAGCCAAGUGAGGAGAUUGGCUUGGCUGCACGACUGAGCAAGAAAACUAAAACCCAGGCAAAGGAAAAAGGAUCAAAGACCAGCAAGCAGAGCACUCUCCAGUUCAAGCCUCUCGCCAAGAAGCCCAAGAAGAAUCCGUGGACGGAUGAUGAGUCUGAGGGCCAGUCUGCUGACAGUGAAAUAGACGCAGAAGAAGUGGCCGCCCCCAGAGAGCGCGUUGAGCGCAAAACAAAAGGUGCGGUGAAGUACAGCAUGUCUGACAGUGAGGAUGAAUUUGAUGACUGGGGGAAGAAGGAUGCUCCCAAACGGAAAGCUCUUAUCAGUGAUGAUGAUACCAGCUUUGCCCCAGAGCCCAACACCAUGGCUGACAGCGAUGUGGACUCUCCAGCCCCACCUCCCAAAGCUCCACAACCCACGAAGAAAGUGGCAAAGAGCAAAACGACAGUAAAACAAGCUGAAAGCAAGUCAAGCUCUCCCUCGGAUGAUCAGGUACCUGCGCCUAAGGCUCCAGUUCAACGUAAAACCAAAGAGGCUGCGCCUAAGAAAGCCCCUGCUGCCAAGAAACCAGCUGCGUCCAAGAAGAAAGCUGCAGGUGAAAAGCAGCCGUCCAUCAUGGAUGUUUUUUCUAAGCCCAAACCUUCAUCGAACACGGCUGCCAAAAAGAUGCCUUCAUUUGACUCCAGUGACUCCGAGGGUGAAGCCAAAGCUCCGGUUGCAAAAGCAAAGCCCGUUUUUAAAAGAAAACAGGCUGACAGUGACGACUCUGAUAGCAGCUCGGACAACCUCAUGUCACGCCUGAAGGCCAAAACAACUGCAGGCAGCAAGAAAACCAAGAAGUGGUUUGACGAUGAAAGCUUCCAGGUUUCAGACCAGGAAGACGCGUCUCCCAUAGUGGUGGCACCACGGGACAAGCCCUCACGUGCCCGGAAAGCUGUGACCUACAACGUAGACUCAGACUCAGAUGAAGACUUUUAAAUGAUUUUCUGUAAGACGCUGUCAACUCUGUUCUUUAUUAGGUUAUGCACACAGUUUGUGCCUUGUCAUUAAAUGUGCUUUUGAUUUUAUUGCUUGACACACUUGUGGCUUGAAUGGACCUGCAGUUUUUAAAAACCUGAUUGAUUGUAGGAAAGUUUCUUAUCCUGACAAGUGGAGAAGAAAGCUAAAAAGUUCAUAUGCAUCUGGUGCUUUGACCCUAUUAAUAUCUGUGUUUAAGUCUAGUUUUAAAAUAUCUGAGGCUUUUUUAAAAUGUCUUUUGUAAUCUACUUGUCUUGUCUUGUCUUGUAAAUAUUUCAAUGGCUGUUCAUUUUAUAUGUUGAAAAAUAAAAUUAACCUGUUUGUACUGGUAGUUCAGUGUAUUUUGCAAUUGUUAGUUGCAUGACUGGAUUGCUCUAA